AUGGGAUCAAGAUCAACAAAAUCAAAACCAUUUCAACCAAACAUAAAAACCUCUAGAAACUCUUCUGGUAGUGAUGAAGAGUCGUUCACAUGCAAUGACAUAUAUCGUCUAGCUAUCGAUCAAUCUGGUGUUAUUGGAUCUCUUUACGAUGCAAAACAGGAUCGCUUACUAAAAAAUCCAGUGUUAAAAAUUCCUUCUGGGCCGAUUGAAUUAACAAAAACAGAGAAGUAUCCAGAAAUAAAUUUUGGUAGACUUGAGGAUAAAAAUCUAUACGAUAUAAUUGGUAUUGAUAAAGAAUUGUGUUUGAGUAUAUACUUAAAAUUAGUUGACUUCAAUGGAAUAUCUUUGCUCAUUAAACAUUCAUUUAAAAUCGAUAAAUAUACUCGCUUUCUCUCCUAUUACUAUCAAACAGAACAAAAUCGGUUGAACAAUCACCAAACUACUAUUCAAUUGGGAAAUAUCAAAAAAUCUAUAGCCAAUAUCGAUAUAACUCAUGUUAUAACUGCGAUUAAGUAUGGAAUUCAUGUUAUUAUUCUACUACAACCAACACCUAAUCACGAAUCUGAUCUUGAUCAACUACUUGACAAAAUAAAAAAACAACUAACUGAAAACAAUUUCGACAUAGCAACAAUUGAAAAGGAUUUAUUCAAUCGGUUUACUUAUAUAAGAGCUUUUUCCAAUAUACUCGAUAUCACUAAACCAAAAAAAUUGGCUGAUCUUUGUCAAAAAAUAAUUGAUAUAAAAUCAGAUAUUUCUCAACAUCGUCCAAUAGAGUAUACUCUUCAACCAAUCAGAUGCUUUUGUCCAUCGUAUCCAAUAGAGAAGGCAAGAUUUGUUCCAUUCAAUCAAAAACAUAUGGAUCAAAUAGAAUCAUAUUUAUAUAAGUUAUCAUUACUUAAAGCACAAUGGAAAAUAUUUAAUUCUGAAGAAAAACAAUUGCUUAAAAAAUAUCUCACGCAACCAUAUGAAGAAUUUCUACAACAAGAUUCUACCUUAGACAAUCUUUAUCGAGUAAAAAGAGAUCAAAAGAUAAAUUUAUUUUUAAAAAUUCGCAGUGGAGAAAUUAAACAAGAUUCAUUAGCAGACCCAUUGAUUAAUACAGAAGAUGAAAGAUUACUAAAAAAGAUUAGUGAUAUUACUGAACUUUGUAAUACCUUGAGACAAAAAGCACAGUUAAUCGACAAUUUGACAAAACAGGGAAUCAAAUAUCUAAAUGUAACAGAAAUCAUUACAGAAGAUGAUAUAGAUUUGGAAACAAUUACAAGACGAGUUGUGCAUGAAAACGAACAGAAAAUUGUGUAUUGUUUUGACGAUAGAUUAGAGAAACUACGUUCACAAAAAUCGACUAUUUUUUAUAACAAGUUAAUUAAUGAUUGGAAAAAUAAUUGCCAAUUAGAAUUUGUUUAUGCUGAUUUUUCCUACUGUUCAUGUCAAUUAUCACAAAUGGAAAUGUUGGCAUCGAAAGAAAUACGCCAAUUGCGAAAGACUUCACAGGCAAAAUCAACUUUAGACUCUACGACAUCAUCAUCGAAAAAAGAACGUCCUAAUGAAUCAAAUUCAUCAAUGAAUAAUAUUAUUAAUAUACUUCUUUUAGGUGAAUCUGGUGUCGGAAAAUCAACAUUCGUCAAUGCCAUUGCUAAUUAUUUUAAUUUUGACACACUUAAAAAAGCUCGCUCUGGUCAACCCAUUGUACUUAUGCCUGUUUCAUUUCUUUUGACAGUUGGUGAUAAUUUCGAUGAACGAAUAGUUAAAUUUGGUGAUGAAGAUCCCAAUGAAGAUCAUGAUCAUCCAGGUCAAUCAGUAACUCAACAUUGUAGAUCAUAUGUUUUUACUAUUGGUACUCGAACGAAAUUGAGAUUAAUUGAUACACCCGGUAUGGGAGAUACUCGUGGACCUGAUCAAGAUGAUCUAAAUAUGCAACAUAUUCUAUCAUUUAUUAAUAAUCUAUCACAUUUGAAUGCUAUUUGUAUACUUCUUAAACCAAAUGAAUCAAGAUUAAACAUUGUUUUACGUUCAUAUUUUAGUCGAUUGUUAGACUUUUUAGGUGAAACUAUGCAUCAUAAUAUAAUUUUUUGUUUCACUAAUACUCGAGCAACAUUCUUUGCACCUGGUAAUACUGGACCUUUACUAAAAUCGAUGCUUACAUCAUAUUCAUUCAAAGAUAUUCUAUUUAAAAAAUCAAAUACAUUUUGUUUUGACAAUGAAUCAUUUCGAUAUUUAGUCGCCUGUAACAAUGGAAUUAAAUUCGAUGAUUAUCAAAAAGAUGAAUACAAGCGAAGUUGGGUAACUUCAGUGAACGAGACGAAUCGUUUUAUGGAAUAUAUUUGUAACGAACUCAAGCCUUAUUUACAAAAAAAUUGGAUGUCUAUUGAACAUGCUCAAUUUCAAAUCAAUCGAAUGAUUCGUCCUGUAUUGGAAACUAUAAAAAAUAUGAUGAGAAAUAAAAUAUUACUCAAUAAGAAUUCAUCUAAGUCAUUAAUAAGAUUAUGUCCAGGUCCUGUUGGUAGAAAUUCAACUAUGUGCAAGGUAUGCAAGCGUUCUAUUAUACAAUGUGGCGAAUUUUGGAUAAUGCGUGACGAAUUGCAUAUCCUUUCAGAUCGAUGUGAUAAAUGUUCGUGUGAUUUUUCACGACAUUCUAAAGUAAAUUAUGUACUUUAUUAUGAACUUUGGGAUGAGAAACAAAAACCAUCUUUUAAUGAUAUGAAAAGAAAUUUAGAUGAAUUAAUACAGAUAACUACGGAAUUUGCUUAUUUUUAUAAGCAUGUUGUUCAUAUUUCAAAAGAAAAUGAUCCAUUGUUAUCUGUUCUCAAGCAAAUGACUAAUGAAGAAAAAUCGAUUUACUCACACAAAGAAAAUCGGAUUCUUAAUGCGAGAUUAUAUGAUGAGCUAAGAAGCUUUAAAAACGAAUAUGAAAAAGUUUGGACCAUAUCAGUGCCAAGCAAAAAUUCUAUAAACUUAUCGGAAAUAUACAAAUUAAUAAAAACUUCAAGUAAAAUUAAAGAGAUUAGUGAACAAUUAUCAAUUAUUAAACAAAUGGAAGAUAACUAUAUGCAUGAACAUGAAAAGCAAGUGUCAGAAGAUUCAAUCAAACGGAUGAUGGAUAAAACUCACAAAAAGAAUUGA